AUCAUUACAUCGGAUUAAAUGCAUGCAUGGACUAAAUGUCAACAUUUUCUCAACAGUUAUAGGAAUACCCUAUGAAAUGACUCCGUGCGUUGACCGCGACCUGUUCAGUCAAACGAAUCGAUAACAGAAACAUCGCUGCAGAUAAAUUGUCAGUAUACUUGUAACCAGUUAGAAAACAUCGGAAUAAAAUCUUGGUUUUGCAAAAAAGCUUAUUUUCAAAAUGGAUACAAGGAUUUGUUUGCUGCUGUUGUUCACGAUUUCUCAAUGCAUCGCUCUGGAAUGUUCCAGCUGUAUGCACAUGGAUUUAGAAUACAUCAACAUGCCGGAAUAUAUCGAAAGUUUGCUGAACGAUAAUACGUCGUCGUUGGAUUCUUUAAGGAACGAGUCAUGUGCUAGUAACACAGCCCCGACAGAGACAUGCGCAGUUGCUGGUCCUGGUCUCAUUGAUGCCUGUGCUAGUUUCACAUUUACCGUGACAUGUAUGGGUUUUACAGCCGCUAAUCUGCCGGAUACUGGGAUGAAGAUAACGGUAGUGACGCGUGAGUGCAUCCCUCAGCCGGCAGACACCGAGGACACGUGCCGGAAGAUUGAUUCACUCUUAGACGCAGAGAAUCAAACAGAGUUCCUAAGUUCACUGGAGUCACUGACCGAAGCGUUUGAUUCCGUCGAAUAUAAUGGCGACUACUGCACCACAUCCACCGGUAUUUUCCCUACUAGCAACAGCGUCACAGCCAUGACCCCCAAGAUAACCACGGAACCAACAAGCGGUUCAUCGACGACAGGGUUCAUGUCAUCAGUCGCAGUUUUGGUGAUUGCCUUGUAUCUUGUGUAAAUUCAGUACAGAAACUAAUUCAUGUGUAAGGGAUUUCGAGCAGUUUGCCAGCAUCACAUUGUAUGAUAAGACGUUGUUGGGAGAACUUUAAUUGUAUUUGUUCGUUUGAUUGUUCGUUUUAAUUAUAUUUGAACAAUAAUAUUUGUUAAAAUACAGAAUAA